GUGGUUAUCGCACACAAUUAUAGUGGAUUAUAGUCCGGCACGUGUCCGGGCUGAGCAGACAGGCAGCAGCAACCUCUGCCGAUUUAUUCCCGGACUUGGACCACGUUACUUCGGCGCUGCGGCACGGCCCCGGUUUCCCGUUGCCCUUGCCUCGCCUCUCGUUCCGGUACCCGUACCCAACCCGACUCUACCCACCAACCGUGCCAAGACUGGGGAAGUAGCAAAGGUAUAAGUAUCACAGCCCAGCCAUCCCAUCCCGUCCAGAAGGGAAAGAAGAUACUUAACCCCCAUCAACAAUGUCAAUCGCAGGCUUCCCCUACCCCUUCGAAACCGGCGGCCCCGCCUACCGUUCCAAGGUGUUAGUUCCAUCCGAAGAGAUGGACGCCAGAAACUCACGAGAGCCGGAUUCACACACCAACCUUAUCAGUCCUGGCUCCGGCUCCGGCUCCGGCGCCGCGGCCGCUCCGGUCAUGGUGACCGCCGCCGAACUAGGCGCUCCCUUCCUUCGUCUACGGGGCAUAUCAACUGCUCAUCUUCCACCCCAAGGCACUCCCCAGCAAGAGUUGAUCCCCUUUCUGACUGCCCUCUUGAGGGAGUCAGUCCCCUUCAUCGAUUCCGUGGCGCCUAAACCUUCCAACAGACCUCAGCCUACUGCCGACCUUGGCACCGCGCGAAGCGAAUGGAAACCCUUGAAAACAAAGUCAUCAAAGGUAGAGGACAACGGCAACACAGUAGUCUCUCUCUACGAACGCACUCUCUCCGCCCCCGAGCUGCGCGCCAUCGAGCGCUCGGCCGGCAUGGCAACCAGCAAUACGGACGAUUCCGAGACGUGGGCCUGCCGGCGCAGCGUGCACCGCGACUCGAACGUUCCCGGGGACGGGUCAGCCAGCUGGGGCGAGUUCGUCACCUGCUUCAAGGACAAGCACGUUGAGUGCGAGGAGGCGUUCACGCCGAGUAUUGUGGGGACAAGGGUGUUGCGGGACUACGAUGUUGCUGGCCUACAAGUUGAUGAUGAGCAUGGGGAUAGGUAUGGAAGCUUUACGAUGAAGGUGGUGGAGGCGAGGCACAAGAUUGGGGUUAAGCCGUUACUCAAGGAUCGGGCGUUUACAGUGUUGCAGGUUACUUGUUCGCUACUUCCUUCGGGUGGUGGAAGUGCUACUGCUUCUACUGCCGGUGAUGGGGGCAGGUCUGAGGACUGCGAUGAGAUUCUGGUCAUCAAUAUCCCGGUGUCGGACGUUGAGAACCUUACUACCAGUACUGCGGCGAAAGAAGACCCGUUUCGAAAGGAUACUGUACAAGGGUCGUAUGUCAGUGUCGAGCGGAUUAGGAAGUUACCAACAACAGAGAAUGACGGCCAGGCACAGAUUGAAUGGAUCAUGGCCACGGCAUCGGACGCUCGAGGCUCGCUUCCUGGAUGGGUGCAGACCAUGGCGGUACCGGGGCAGAUAGCCAAGGACGUGACACUGUUUCUGGGAUGGGUUGCGAAGGAGAGGGAAAAGAAGGGGGGAUUGGUAGCGUGAAGGGUGGCAUUUCCAGUUCUUUCAGCUGUAUGUAGAGGCUUGUCAAGUGAGCGAUGUCAAGGCAUACGAGAUGACUUGUUUGCAAUAGAAAUUCCAAUGAACAUACCAGGCUGGGUGGCUUACAAUUUAAUUUUGAUUCCUUGUCAAUGACUCCAUUUGCAUUUGCUCAAUCACAACAGAGCCUUGAUCCUAUCCACAAAGCCAUGCAGCUACUCCCUAUCCGCCCAGCUCUGGAUGAUACCCU